AUGGGUGGAGAAACAUCCAGGAGCAUCAUCUUGGACCAUAAAAAUAUAGUCCGCAUGAUACCUUGUCCUUCAGUAUUUAUUGUUAUGGGACUGAGUGAAAACAAUGUUCUAUUUGUGGAUAGAUCACAGUAUACGGCAGUUACCGAUCAAAUACCACAGGGCCAUUUUAUAAAUCUAGAUUCACCAACUAUAACUCCUUCGACGUAUCCAACCGUCAGCGUCAAAAAUAGUGCUGAAAAGCCGCUGGUGGAAGAACCAAGCAGAAUCUACAGUACCACAGGUCUCGAUCCAAAGGAUGUCAUCAUUUUGGUCAAAACUGGUGCUACAUCCAUUUGGAGGAGGAUGCCCAUGCACAUGUCAACCACGUUGGGUAACAAAGAACUCACUCCCAAUGUCGUCUAUUACUCUGAUAUUGCGGACAAUAUCAACGGAAACCCGGUCAUUGAUUCUCUCGCAAACGUCUCCGCGACUCUCAAAGCAUCACCUGACUUUGAACUCUACAAGAAAGCCAGCGAGGCUGUCAGCCACAACUUAUAUCAAGAGAGCGGAAAUCUAGACGGUGAUUUUGAUUUACCUGGUGGCUGGAGAUUGGACAAAUACAAAUUUUUGCCCAUGUUUCAACAUGCUGCCAUCCACCACCCUGGCAAGAAAUGGUAUAUAUAUAUGGAGGACGAUAACUACUUCUUUUGGGAGACACUUUACGCAUGGCUUGCAAGUCUAGACCACACUUCUCCUCUUCUGGUCGGAUCAUCAGCUUUUAAAAUGGGCGAAAACUUUGCCCAUGGCGGGGCUGGAUUCGCCGUUUCAGGGAAAGCUAUGGCGGCUUCAUUUGGUGCAGACAAGACUUUGGCUGAAAGGUACGAAUCCUAUGCGAAAGAGCAUUGUUGUGGAGAUCAAGUCCUUUCACAUGCCAUGAAAGAAAUGGGUGUAGAGCGUCUCACGGCAUUAGACGGAGGUGGGUGGGCUGCUUUGCAAACCCUCCCGACAUGGAAAGUCGGCUUUGGUGACUGGAACUGGUGCUCACCAAUUAUGAAUAUCCACAAAGUUCAUCAAGCUGAUAUAUCCCGGUUGUUCGUUUUCGAAAACCAGUUCAUGCAGGAGACUAAAGGAAAGGGCCGAGUGCGCUACCGUGAUGUUUUUAAAUACUUCUUCGCGCCAACACUGGUUGCUACGCGCUCGGAAUGGGAUAAUUAUGCAGCAGCUAAAUCAUUUUCUUCAACGGAAGAUUCUUAUACUCCCGAGUUCAAAGAGAUAACUGAAGCGCAAAGGGAUGCAAGACCAUGGGCAUCGAAGGAAAAUUGUAGAAAGGCUUGUGCAGACUGGGAUCAAUGUUUGAGCUGGAAGUAUCAGGAUGAUGAUUGUCACCUUAGUCAUAUGGCAGCAAUGGGACGAAGGGUAAACGACGGCGUUUAUAUGGAAAGUGGGUGGAUGGUGGAUAGAAUCAAAAAGAUUGUUGAAAAGAAAGAAUGUGGUGCUUUGGAGUUUUAA